ACCAUGACGCAGUCGCUUGCGAGCUUGAACGCUUCACAGUCAGCAAUGCGAAGCUCGCAAAUGCUUCUACCAACAUCAACCGGUGGUUUCGGAGCACCCUGAUGCCUCCUCGCCUCGCCCCUCCCCCCGGUUAGCGACGCUACCGUUGGCGUGAGCGAGGAACUACGUGGCUCGCUGUCAAGUUUGGUUCUCUCGGCGGCGCAGGAGGGAAAAGGAAGGAAGCGGAAAAGUUGAGUUACUCACAGUGGACGUGGGCCUCUCCGGCAGGCGGGGGGACUUCCUCUUCACUGUCGCUGUCAUUUCUGCUGCCUCACUCUCCUCCUGCUCCUCCUCGUCGUCGUCGUCUCCAUCAUUGCGGUGCAUUGAUUUUCUGGGCCGCAAAACCAUCGGCAUUGUUGAACCCUUGACCUUGAAGAUGAAAGCGUGAAUGCAAACUAAGGUGAGUAAACAACAAACUGAAGUAACCGCGAUUUCCUCCUAUCGCUGAUUGGUGGUUGGAAACAAAAACGGAGGCUACGCCUAUUAAAGAUGACGCACACGACGUAACGCGGAAGUAACGACGCGAACGUCGUCUGCUGAAGACACCGAAGCUUCGCCGUCAAAUAAGGUAACCAAUGUUAAAUUCUAGUUGAGAGCGAAGGGUCGUCAUCAUGGACCUUUAAGAGCGUUCGCGACCGCCAUGGAAGCUCCAGUCGCAGCCGGCCCUCCUCCCAACUCUUCCACGCUGCCCGCCCCUCUGCCCCUGCGUCCGGCUCUGGCCCCUUCAGUCCAGCUCGGCUUCACCGCCCUUUACACCACGCUGUACGGCGGUCUCUUCCUGGUUGUGUACGCCCAGCUCUGGCUUCUUUAUCUCUACAAACACAAACGAUGGAGCUAUCAGAGCAUCUUUCUCUUCCUCUGCCUGCUUUGGGCCGCCCUACGCACCACCUUGUUUUCAUUUUACUUUCGGAACGCACUGGAGGCCAACCACCUCCCUGUGGUGGUCUACUGGCUGCUCUACUGCUUCCCUGUCUGCUUGCAGUUUUUUACUCUGGGCCUUAUCAACUUGUACUUCACUCAGGUGCUACUUAAAGCCAGAGAGACUUACAGCUCAGAUGUGGAAAAACUGCUGUGCACUGCCCGCUGCAUGUACGGGGCGCUGAACGCUAUCUUUUUCUGCGUCAACGUGGCCUGCGCGGCUCUCGGAGGCCGCGGUGAUAGCGCAGAGCCGGGGGAGCGGACCUGGACCCUGGUCCUGGUCCGAGUGCUCGUCAACGACUUGUUGUUCAUCCUGGACGCGGUGUUGCUCGCCGCCUUGCUGCUGCUUCUGACGCGGCACUCUCACUCCACCGGCCCUUACCUGACCAGCAAGGGGACCACAGUGUGUCGCACAGGAGUGCUCGGCGCCACAGUCAUCUUGCUGUUUGCCAGCCGAGCUUGCUACAACCUGAGCGCCCUGGUUCUGUCUCAGAACCACCAUGUUGAGUCUUUUGACUUUGACUGGUAUAACGUCUCUGACCAGGCUGACCUACGUAAUGAAUUAGGUGACAGGGGCUAUCUGGCCUUUGGCGCCAUCCUCUUCAUAUGGGAGCUACUACCAACCAGUCUGCUCAUCCUCAUCUUCAGAGUUCGCCGGCCUACUCAAGAGGUCAGCAACUUGACCGUCAACAACAGGGUCCUAUCUCGUCCUUAUUUCUUCGAUGACCCUCAAGGCAGCGAUGAGGAAGUAGCCGCUCCGUGGACUUCGACCUACCAGCCUCACUCAAGCUGGUACGGAUCAGAGACCACGCCUCUCCUGUUUGCUACCAACCCCCCAGACCAGAAUCACCAGCACCACUCUUUCUACUCCACCCCCCAAAACUGACGGCUGAACGUGGUCGUGGGUCAUGGCGUUCAUCUCAAGGCAAAAAAACAAAACAAAAAACAGCUUGCUAGCCAGUAGAACCUCAGUCUAUGUAUUAUUAGUGUAUUUUUGCACUGAAAACCUCAGGAAUUGUCACCAAACAUUUAAUACGCACCUUCUAGUGUUUUUACCUUUAAGAUAUAUUGUUGUCGUCUCGCAAAGGGAAGCGACUUGUCAUUGGGAAGACGUAGAUUGCCAAACAUUGAGACAGACAAGGUUAAAUUUGGGUUUAACUGCAUUUUGUCACUUUUUUAAAGAGGACAAUCUACUAUUAAAGUGGUUAAACACUGUGAAUGAGCUCUUACAAUUCCUUGAAAACAUUAACAUUCAAAUACAUUCCUUUUUAAUAGAAUGUAUUUAAGAGUGGGAUAGCCUGUCAUAACAGAAUGGAAAUGCAUCCACCAGUGGAAGAUUUUCAUUGUUACUGCACUCUUCCAUCCCACAGUAAUAUUUAUUUUGUGAUUUCCCUGUAUUUUGAUGACAUUUGUAACUUAAUUGUAUUUACAGUUUGGCUGAGAAUUAUAGACCGUACUUUUACAUGCAGCUUUGACUUUAUCACAUUUACUGUUAAAAAAAAGAUUGUCCAGCCUGUUGCCAAGAGCAUGUCUGAACUUUAAGCUACAUGAAAAAGGAGUUCUAUUCUUGAGUGCUGAUUAAUCUGAACAACUAGUAGUAAUUCUAUGAAAAUGCAAUUUUUUCAUCACUUCAUAGAUACUUGACAAGCAACCCCCCCCCCCCAAUCCCUUAUAUUUAAAUUGCAAAUUAGUAUAUUUGCUUUUCACUUUUUCUAAGCUUCUGAUUUCAAACUAUGCUAAAAAUGUGAAAUGCAGGGCCAAUUGUGUAAAAUGUAUAUCCAUUUUUUGUACAGCUUUAUGCAUUUUUGUUUUUCGUUCAUAAAGUCCCUCUGAGGGAUACUACAACUAUGAUGUGUUCCAAAUGCCAUAACAGUAAACGCUUUCAUUCUCAUUUUAUUGAUAAACUUCCUAGAAUUAGUUUUAAACACAGCCUGAAAGAAAAUGUUGCAGUUUUUCCUUUAUGUACAGAUCACCUUAAUAAAACUCUAUACAGUAUGUA